GGGGGGGGGUGACGGCCCCAGAUCGCGCCUCUGCAACGGAGCCGCGGAUCCAUCCGAAGGAGCGGUGAUAUGAGCCAUGCCAGCACAAGUCUUUUCUCCUUCUUCUUCUCCUUCUUCUCCUUCUUCUCCUCGUGGCAGUGGGCGAGCCUGACUGGACGCACACGGCCGGACUGUAAGAAGAGACUUCAUCACCGAGCUCCGGCGCGUCAACGACAAUAAGAGAGACUUUCGUCGGUCGCUUACAAACACACCACGUUGCUGUAAAUCAAGCCGGCAGCAUCGAGCCCAAGUGCAAGACGAAUGGUUUGGGCAUGGUGCCCACGCCCCAGGUGUGCGUAUCAACCCUGGUCACGGUGAGCACGAUGGCAGUGGUGGACCUCUACCUAUUGGAGCAGAGCAUGCUGGGGGCUCAUGGUCCUCCAGGGCCUAGUGUCUGGCAGUGCGUGACAGUGUUGCUAGGUGACGUAGGCUUUCUGCUGGCCCUGCGCUUCGUGUCAGCGGGCGUGGUGUCAGAGGUGCGGUCACCACGACGUGGCUUUGCCAACGCCCUCUGGUUCCUGUUCCUCUCCCUGCUCCAGCUUAAGCUCUUCUUCGUCUGCCACAACUACAGACAGGAACGUCGGCCGCCCGACCCCCUGGCCAGGAAGACACUGACGCUGCUGCUGUCCAUCUGCCUGCCGUCCUUGUUCCUCAUCCUGACGGGAGCUGACCACAUGACCCCUCAGCGCAGGAAGCAGGAGGUGCGGGGUCGGCUGCUGUGGGUGGUCGUGGACCUGCUGGAUGUACUGGACCUGCAGGCGGGGCUGUGGGAAGUCCAAGGAGGGGCCACAGCUGGGACUGGAGGGGUCGUCGAACAGAAGCUGCCCAUCUGGGCCGAGGGCCUGGUCUUCUUUUACUGCUACGCCCUACUGCUGCUUCUGCCGUGUGUGGCCCUAACAGAGCUCGGGGCCACAGGUCUGCCAGGACAGAGGGGGCCCCGCAAGGAGGCUUUGUACCCUUGGCUCAGCUUGGUCACUAUCAAUAUCUUCACCCUGGCCCUGAGGGGCACGGGCAUGCUGUGGUACCGGGACCCCCGUGUGUCCACUGUGUUCCUGGGGAAGAACCUCCUGGCUCUGGCUGUGAAACUGAGCUCAGCCUGGGAGAGACACAAGCAGGAGCGCGCUGCUGCAGGAGCUGGGACUGUGGCUGGAGCAGAGUCAGGAGACUCAACCCUACCAAGGCAGAGCUCGGAGCAGGGAGAGGGCCAGGCCCAGGGGAAGGCUCCUCCCUCUCAUUAUCACACACUGUCUCACUCCCAAAGCCACACUCUCUCGCACGUCAGCCUGGAGCCCACCGAGACGCCCUUAGGUCCGUCUUUCAUCUCACACGAACUGUAGAGAGCCUCUAACAGUCUGAACAUGCACACGUGCACAAAAGCAUGUGCGCACACCCACACUCAAGACUCAGACCAGCCCAGGCAGUAUCACAUCCACACAGAUAACUUGUAUUGAGUUUCAGCACAGCAGUGAUGGGCAUAAUGCAGAGCUGUGGAAAUGCAUUUGGCAAGCUCAGCUUUCUGCACAUUUUGUUGUGCUCGGAAAAACUCUAAAUGCAUUGCUGUGAUUUGUGGGAGUGUAUUUUUAAAUUGAACACUGUGAACACAUCUAUCAGAGUUUGAAAAAAAUAUUCCAGAAACGAAACCUCAAGUCUGGCAGUGUUUAUUCUUGUAAAAAUCUGGGCACUACUGCCUCAACUGCCACAAUUUGCUGAGCCCUGUCCUUCACACAGCAUUUUGGAAGUUGUAUUUUUAGCUGUACUUUUAUAACUUAAGUUUGAUUUCAUGCUAAAAAUGUGAUGCCAUUGCAUAUACUGAAUCUACGUGGGGUGAGAAACACUAUUCACUUAUCAGUUUCUGUUCUUGUGGUUAGUGGGUUAGAUCAGAACUCUUCUAACAUUGGAUGCCAAAAAAUGGACUGUGACCAUUCAGUAUACAUUUUGUCUGACACUUUACAGGGAGAAAAAAAUAAUACAGAGGAGGAAUGAUUUUUUUUUCCUUCAGUACCACCGAGGCAUGAUUUAAAAUCCAUCUAGCAGUAAAACUCACUGUACACUGUGCUCCAAUAUUUCAAUGUAGAACUCGGUGGUUCACAACUUCUUUGGUGACCCUUUAAAUCAAAGUGACGCGGUGUGAUGUUCCCCAGAUUUAUUUUUAAUUUCAAUACAUUUUAUAGUUCUAAAAAAAAUAUUAUUAUUAUUUUACACAAUAUUACAAUGCAAAUGAUACAGAGGAAGAUACUCUUUUCCCCCAGCAUAUCAUGUUUGUCUUUUUCAUAAUCUCCCUGAUUUAUCUUGCAAACCCUUCGAAGAUCCCCUGCAUCAAGGUUGUGCGCCCAAAGUCCAAUGGUGUUAGAUUUUCAUUCUGACCCGAGGUAACACUGGCUGAUUUCAUUAUUAGUUAAUCUUCUCUGGCAGAGAAUGUUAAUCAGAGGAAUCAGCCACUGUUGUGUUUGGUUAGAGGGGAAAACCUACUGACUCACAGGCCUCAUGCUCAACCAUCCAUGCCUAACCGUGUUUUUGGUCUUCUGACAUUUUUUUCAUUUGAUUCAAAUGCUGAGUUUGAACAUGAAUUAACUGGCUAAUCCAUUUUAAUCAAGAGUUCAGAGAUGAAUAUGCCGUGUUCACAUUUUCAUUUCAGAACAGAUUAGGCUGUUGAAACCAUCCAAUAGACACUUUAACACAACAAAAUGUGCUUAAUUCAAGAUUCCUACUGUUUCCAAUGAAAGACACUGUUUCCAUAAAUUAAAUAUUUUGUGAUGUGCAACAAGCAUUUGGCAUUACAGGUCUAUUUUGCUGUACUGUUUGCAAAGACAGAAUACCAGUGUACGUAUUGACGACAAACUCUAAAUUCAUGUUUUGCCAUCUUUUGUCAUCUGUACCUUUCAAAAAAAGUCUCUUUGCAGCUGUCCUACAUUCAAAGUCAUCUUUUCCACUUCUGAUGAAAGAGUUCACUUUUAAUCCCACAUGAAUUAUGGAUGGAGCCUUUCAUUCACACAUUUGUUAAAAUGUGGGUGUUAGUAUUUGGGUGUCAUGGGAUUAUGGGUUAGAGCGGCAGGUGUAGUGGAUGUUCAGUUCAGUCAAGUGCCUUGUUUCCUCGUGGAGAUACGAGCCUCAAGGUUGUCAAAAAGGCGUACGCAUUGUGGGCACCAUGCAGAACUUGGACAUAUGCCAUGUGUAUACUGUGAAGUUAUUCCACAGCUGUUGUCAGCUACACCUCCAGGACAGAGUGCAAACUAAUAAAGUGUUUCAUACUCGC